AUGAGUCUGGUUCGGGCGCUGCAGGCGGCGCGACAGGGCGACCUGGACGUGCUCAGGACCCUGCACGCCACCGGCCAGCUGGGGCCCUCGCUGCGGGACUCCCUGGACGCGCAGCCCGUGCACCACGCGGCCCGCGCGGGCAAGCUGCACUGCCUGCGCUUCCUGGUGGAGGAGGCCGCCCAGCCCGCCGCGGCCCGGGCGCGCAACGGCGCCACGCCGGCCCACGACGCCGCCGCCACCGGCCACCUCAACUGCGUGCAGUGGCUGCUCUCGCAGGGCGCUUGCCAAGUGCAGGACAAAGACAAUUCUGGUGCCACAGUCCUGCACCUGGCUGCCCGCUUCGGCCACCCCGAGUUGGUGAAUUGGCUGCUGCAGCAUGGCGGGGCGGACCCCACCAUGGCCACAGACAUAGGUGCCCUGCCUAUCCACUAUGCCGCCGCCAAAGGAGACUUCCCUUCCCUGAGGCUGCUCGUCAGAUACCACCCUAAGGGAGUGAAUGCUCAAACCAAGAAUGGUGCCACGCCCCUGUACCUGGCGUGCCAGGAGGGCCACCUGGAGGUGACGCAGUACCUGGUGCAGGAGUGCGGGGCGGACCCGCACUUGCGCGCUCACGACGGCAUGACUCCGCUGCAUGCCGCGGCACAGAUGGGCCACAGCCCUGUCAUCGUGUGGCUGGUGAGCUGCACCAACGUGAGCCUGUCCGAGCCGGACCAGGACGGCGCGACUGCCAUGCACUUCGCGGCGAGCCGUGGCCACACCAAAGUGCUCAGCUGGCUUCUGCUGCAUGGCGGUGAAAUCUGCCGCGAUCUGUGGGGCGGGACCCCUUUGCACGACGCUGCGGAGAACGGGGAGCUGGAGUGCUGUCAGAUCCUGGUGGUGAACGGCGCAGAGUUGAGUGUUCGAGACCGAGAAGGGUACACAGCCGCCGACCUCUCCGACUUCAACGGCCACAGCCACUGCACCGGCUACCUGCGCAAUGUGGAGAACCUGAGUGUGGAGCAUCGAGUGCUGUCUCGGGACCCCUCGGCUGAGCUGGAGCCAAAGCAGCCCGACUCAGGCAUGUCCUCGCCCAAUACCACCACGUCAGUCCAGCCACUGAACUUCAACCUCAGCUCGCCCACCAGUACCCUCUCCAACUAUGACUCCUGUCCCUCCAGCGGCUCCAGCACAAAGGGUGGACACCCUUUCUGUGGGCUUCCCAGCACCAGGGCUGCAGACAUCCAAACCUACAUAGACAUGCUGAACCCGGAGCUAGGCCUGCCUGCAGGCAAGAUGAGGCAGCCCACACCACCGCCACCCAGCUUCCCUCCGCCACCUCCACCUCCGCCAGGUUACCCAGCUCCCAGGCCCCCCGUGGGGGUCCAUGCCGCUGACAUCUAUGUGGAAACCAAGAAUAAACUGCGCCACGUGGAGACUGAAGCCCUCAAGAGAGAGUUUGGCCCCCGAGGCGGCCACGACGGGCUGCGGAGGCAGGACUCCGGCCGCAAGCUCCGCGCCGUCAGCAAGCAACCCAGCACGGGGGACUACUACCGCCAGCUGGGCCGCUGCCCCGGGGAGCCGCUGGCCGCGCGCCCGGGCAUGGCCCACAGUGAGGAGGCGGCUCUACUCUCCGGGAACCACGUGCACAACGGCUGCGUCGCCGACCCCAAGGCGUCCAGGGAGCUUCCCCCCACCAAAGCCUGCAACACCCAUGGGUGUGCUGGGAGGAGACAUUCGAUAGAGCCUUCAGGGUCUACCAAGGCCACCAUGAACUCCCUGGGGCCCCCAGGCGGGGGCCCCACACCCUGCACCAAGUCCUUCAACAUGAUGUCCCCGACUGGCGACAAUUCGGAGCUGCUGGCUGAGAUCAAGGCAGGCAAGAGCCUUAAGCCCACGCCUCAGAGCAAGGGGCUGACUACCGUGUUCUCGGGCAGUGGGCCCCAGGCCUCCCAGCCCGAAGCGCCGCAGCCGCUGGUGUCGUCCACGCCAUCGAGGGCCCGCAGCCCCACCCCGCCGGCCGCUGGGCCCCAGCCGCUGCUCAACGGCAGCCUGGCCCCCGCGCCACCUACCACCCCGGCGCCGGGCGUGCAGCUAGACGUGGAGGCGCUCAUCCCCACUCACGACGAGCAGGGCCGGCCUAUUCCGGAGUGGAAGCGCCAGGUGAUGGUGCGCAAGCUGCAACUGAAGAUGCAGGAGGAGGAAGAGCAAAAGCGGAAGGAGGAGGAAGAGGAGGCCCGAUUGGCCAGCAUGCCUGCCUGGAGGCGGGACCUCCUGCGGAAGAAGCUGGAAGAGGAGAGGGAACAGAAGCGAAAAGAGGAGGAGCGACAGAAGCAGGAGGAGCUGCAGCGAGAAAAAGAGCAGUCGGAGAAGCUGCGGACACUGGGCUAUGAUGAGACCAAGCUGGCGCCCUGGCAGCGACAGAUCAUCCUGAAGAAGGGAGACAUCGCUAAGUACUAGGCUUCAUGGCCUCCUCUCCGCAGUCUAUGAGCUCGGUGACUCCAGUCCCAGCUCGGCAGAAGAGCUGGGAGCAGCGUCGCCUCCCCUGCCGCACUAGACCCUCCCCCCAUCUCCUCUUUCCCCACCUUCAGCAUCCCAGCCGUGGAUGACGCUGGGGCGCCCCACCGCCCCGCCCGCCACCGCGCCACCGCAGCAGCCAGCCGACGCUCAGGAAAAGUACCCAAGCUGUUGAAGUGAAAAAAGAUGCUGCUUAUUUGCAUGCCGAUUUACAUACACUUGCAUAUUUGUCGAAUGUCAAUGCACAGAGCUCUCUCAACCCGUGGGUGGUGACUUUGUUCUCCUGCGGGGCUCGCGCCUGCAGCCCCCUCCCCCACACCCUGGAAACUGAGUCGCAGGGGCAUCCUGCAGAGGCCAGCACUGGGGUUUGGGGACGGGGCUUUCCUCCCUCCCUCCCUGACCCAGAUCUGCAGCCCAGCCUCAUUUCCCAUCCCCACGAGGGUUUCCUCUCAGUCACUUGUUUACCAGAAACGAUGAAAACUGCAGCCUGCCCAUGGGUCGAAGACUACCCAUGUGGGGCCAUCUCUGCCCCCGGCCCGCCUGGGCCCAGCCAGAACCCUUGCGUACAGACCCGUGGAGACUAGGGCCUCUGGACUGUCUCCAUUUGCUGCCGUUCUCCCCUCCCCGUGCCCCAGCCCCUCAUUAAAGCUCUCUGCGCC